GUUAAUUUGUUUUCGGAUUUGUUAAUGUGUUUUGCACUUUUCGGCCACCGUAGACUUGCUGAAGAGUCUAUGUGACUUCCUGCUGCUGAAGAGUUUAUGUGACUUCACUGCUGCUGAAGAGUUUAUGUGACUUCACUGCUGCUGAAGAGUUUAUGUGACUUCACUGCUGCUGAAGAGUCUAUGUGACUUCCCUGCUGCUGAAGAGUCUAUGUGACUUCCCUGCUGCCGAAGAGUUUAUGUGACUUCCCUGCUGCCGAAGAGUUUAUGUGACUUCCCUGCUGCUGAAGAGUUUAUGUGACUUCACUGCUGUUUGGUUUAUGGACACUGAUGAUGCUUUGCUUCUGAUUUUAUUGCUGCGCAGGCCGUUGGGUUGUGAGCGUGGAGCCUGGUGUCUGAUUUAUUUAUUUCAUUCUGAUUAUUUUAGAUCACAAUCCCCUGGUCUUUUUUUCACUUAUAUUUAGCACUGGAUUGUGCUUGGCAGGAAUUUUCUUUGUGAAUGUUGUUAAUUUUUGGGCGGGGGAUUUAUCUAGUUUUUCCGACUUAGUGAGUUUAUUAUUUGUAUUUAUUUAUUUUUUCAGUGUGAAUUGUGUUAAUUUAUAUUGUAACCUUUGGUUAAUGUGGGUUUACUCUAGGAGCAGGUGAGGGUGUGUGGUGUGGAACAGUAAGAUCUGUUCGGUAUCUCAACAUGGAGUUGCCUCGCGCGUGAACAAUCCACCAACCAAUCACACCACGUCUGACGUCACGGUUGACAGACCAUGCGGGAGUCCCGCCUCCUACACACACACACACACACACACACUCACUCACUCACUCACUGACUCACUCACUGACUGACUGACGGUCCCUGUCCCUGUCCCUGUCCCUGCCUCAUUCUCGUUCUCUUCCCCGUGAAAAUCCUUUUCAGGAAGCGAUCCUCGUCAGAUCCUCAGCAGAUCCUCUAGGAGUGGCUACUAAACUGUUCACGGACGAGCCGGUGAGAUAUGGAGAGAUACACAGUCCUGUUUGUGUUGCAGAUCGGCAUCAUUGCUGUGACUGGUUCCGGUGAACAUUUUGUAUCAGCCAAACUUUACCAGCCUGCUACCCUCCGCUGUGAUUAUACAUGUCAUGGUCUGGUCAAAUGGAGCCGGUUUCAUAAGACCCAGGUUCUGGCUCUUUGUGAUGAGACCUCAUGCAGCUCACAGCAGACGGGAUAUGAGAUGUCUCAUGAUCAGUACGUGCAGGGAGAUCUCACUCUCAGCAUCACUGCAGCUGAUUACAGUACGAGGGGUUUAUACACGUGUCAGUGUGAUGACAGAGACGUGUGUGACGUGCGACUCUUGAUUGAGACUGUAGAGACGAAGCAUGUGGUUUCCCCAGGUGAGCCGAUAGACGUGUUCUUACCCCUUACUGACCAGGUGGAGGUGAGCUUCACUGCCACUGAUUCUGUACAACCAUCAAAGCUGAAGAUCUGCACCGUGGCUAACGAGAAGAUCCAGAGCAAUCCAGAAUAUGAAGACAGAGUGUCUCGCAUCAACAUUGUACAGAUUAAAGAUGGAAACGUCUCAGACAGUGGGAACUACACAGUACAGGAUACACUGAAUGAUGAGACGAUAGCCAUCAUCAACGUCCAAGUGAGAGAGAAGGAGCCAGGCCUGGACAGGGAUCAGGAGUGUGGUCUUGCAGUGUGGGUGCUGGUGUUGGUCCUGGUCCUGGUUCUGGUUCUGCCUGUGACUGGAUUUCUGUUUGUGAUGAAUAUGCGUCUGAAGAAAAGACUUGAGCAGAACAGAAUCUAAAGCAUCUCCAAAUGCCACACCUGAAUGAAAGGAAACAACUCGGUACACACUUCUCUCACUAACUGGAGUAGCAAAUUAGCAAUAUGUUGAUCUACAGUUACUUCUUACCUCACUUUGUCUUCUCUUCUCAAUGCUGUCAGAGGUGGGGGUGGAUGAGGGGUCGUGGAGAAACUAGUUUUAAAAUUAAAAUGUUUGGGACAAGCACACACCUGCACAUUUCUAUACAGCUGAAACUCUGUCCGAUCUCCGAUCACAUCAGCAUCGCCUAAACCUGGGGAAAUGUGAAGGGUUUACUGUUGGGUGAAGAUUUUCGUGUCUGUCUCUCACUAUUUAUUUUGCCCUACUUUUCUCCCAUAGAUUUCAUUACUGACACACGCUACCUUCCUGUUGUAUUAGUUCAAAUACUGGAAUAAUAGGCUUUCAUUUACAGUUUCCUUGUAACACUGACCGUUUACAGCUUAUGAUCGUGUAAAUGCAGGGUGUUUAGGUAUUAUCUGUUGCACUUUAUGAAAGCCCCCUGCAAUAAAUAAAGCUUUAUUUCUGUUAUUAGCAAUAAUAAGACUGUGGUUUAGUUUUACCAUAAUGUAUUAUGAUGAAUGUGUUUGUCUAUUAUCAGAGUAAAAAUAAACACUUGAAUGAUCAAUUUUAAAUAACCUCAGGGCUGGUAUUUAACAUUCAUGUUUUUAUAUUUUAUGACUUUUUCAAAAUGAAUGUUUUAAUGUAUUUUUUUUUUCCUUUAUAAUGAUGCAAUGAAGGCCACAUCACAUUUGCACUCCUCAUAAGCACAGUCUGUCCCAUUUCUCAUAUUAAUUUGAAGGGUUUUGGCACUUUUCUGUCUUACAUGUGGUACAGUAGCCAGUGAAAGAGAAUGAUAUAAGGAAAGAGACUGUAUAUUUUUCCUGCCAAUAAAGAUUUAAACUUCUCCUAAA